GUCUCUAUUGUGCAGAUAACUUGCCAGCCGGCCUGGUUCAAGGGGGUGCCCGAAAGCUGUGACGGCAAAUGUAUUGUCUUUGGUCAUGAUCGGUCGCGGUUGAUUUGAACGCCAGUCGGGUGGUGUGUGAAAUGCGGAGAACAUCGCGGGAACACUUUCUCCGAUUUCAAACGUAAUACUGCCUUCAAAUUUUCCGAAAAAAAUCGUAACGGCUGCAGCAGAAGAUAAGGCACAGUAUCUGGUCCUGAUAAAGGAGACAGGUGAUGACGUAAUCAAAAUGGCUUCCAAAACAAACCAGCGGGAGGAAGUAGCAGAGCAGCUGCACGACUGGAUGGUGAAUGAGAUGAAGUUCAAGCCCCAAGGACGCCAUACUAAUAUGCCCAUACCUAGCAAGGAGGCUCUCCUGGAAAUAUGCCGUGGACCCAUGUUGGAUAUUUGGAAAUAUGUCACAAGUCAUGUGAAAUCAUCAAGUACUAUCCACACCGUGAAAGGAAAUCUGGCUCUUCAUUCUAAACCCCAGAUCACGGAUGGUGAAAAGGGCGAGAAGCUGAGUCUGUACGAGAAGAGGCAGCAUCUACUCGUCGAGAGGGACAGGCACAUACAGGAGCAGAUACACCUGGAGAAAGAUCUCGAGCGCAGACAGAAGGAGGUUUUAGAUGCUGAAAAUGCUUACAGAGAAACGACGAAUCGUAUAAAAGAUAUGAACCAUCGCAGUGCACUGCUGCAGGCCCACAGUGAGAAAAUUGCAGAAGAAGUUCACAAGUUUGAUGAGCUGAACAGUCGGAUACGGAGCAAGAUCGACCGGUAUAAAUCUCCAGAUGAAAAGUCGGGGGAGACUGUCUUCUUCAGUCGAAACGAUGAUAAAUUAGAAAGUGCCUGCAGUAAAAAGGUUCGUGAAAGCUGUGAGGCAACCCGUGAUUUCUUUCAUCUUUUACUCCAAGGGAAAUUCAACACAGAUCCAGACACACUGCCAAAAAAGAAAGACCGCCUCUGGACUCAAGUUGAGGACGUCAUGCUCAAUUUCCCCAUCACGCAGAUUCACGCGUCGGUAAUCUUGAAUGCUGAUGAGACGGCGCACCAUCUUUCCGAGAUGACAAGAAGAAUCGACAUCAAGGCUGAUGCUGAAAAACUUAGGUUUAAGUAUGAAGUGAAAGAGGGUACCGGUCAUUUACUGGACAAAAGCGUUCCGCCUAGUCUGCCUCAGAGUGUACACAAGCUUCUGGAAGAGAGUCAGUCGCAGCACAUAGCACGGUUCUUGGAGACCCAGAAGAGCAAAAACCAGGUCAGGAAGCUCGAGGCCAGGUUAAAGGAGUCUAAGGAAGAAGUCCAAACCAUCAUGGAGCAGAGCAUGUAUUCCAAUCCUGGGGCUCUGGAGUUGGCAAAAGUGUUGUUUGAUGUGGAACUGGAGGAGGUAGCUCUCCGCACCAAGAUCAACGGGCUGCAGAAUGCCAUCGGCGAUCUCCAGGAGACUAUCGUAAAAUCCGAGAAGGAACGCGAACAGCUGUACAGCAAGCAGCAGCAGAUACAGGACUUCAGAAGCCUUGCGGAAAAGAAACAGAAUCUCAUCACAGUGCUAGUAAAACAGAACGUGAAUGGUAAAACGCGGCUGGAGGACCAACGUCACGAGAUCCAACGGUACAUCCAGAACACGCUCUGCUCACACGAGGUGGAGGUCACCUCGCUCGUCCAACAACUUUACAAUAGCACUCAGAAAGAGACUGCCACAUUCUCAGAUUUAACCUUGCCUUAUUUGGCACUCGUUACUUUGGACAGCGCUAAAAAGAUUGCAGUUAUCAAUUUAUCAAUUCACCGCCUGUCGGGAGGAAAGGGUGUCCUUACUCCAGUUACACAAAUCUUAGAUGCUCUGGAAUUUCCGACAUUUAAGGCGCCAGAAUGUUUGUUGAAUAAGGCCAUUGAAUUGAAGGAGGAGGUAGAUGACCUGACGAUAUCUUAUCAACGUCUUCAUGCCAGUGGUGUUGCUAGGGAACAGGAGAACACAGCAUCCGCUGAAAAGUUCAAAGAUGUUUGUGACAGGAUCUCACAACAUGACCGCCAGGUUGUCAGCGAAGUUCUGCCCCAGAUGAAACAGAAGUUGAAGCGGGCAACAGACACACUCGGACAUUGUAUCAAUGUAAAGGAUUUAGUCAACACUUGGUGGGACCAGCCAGGCCAGGAUGCGGCUCCGUGGUUGAAAGUCAACGCACAGACACUACAACAAUGGAAACACAAAUGGACCAUCGCCGUUUCGAAACUACGCCUGAUGGAGAUGAACAUGAUGAAGGAUAAACCCUAGGAUUCAACCUUAUCAGAGAAUGACGGUCUUGCACUGGAGAAAGCGUGAUCGAUUAAAGACAAAAAUGGACUAUAGUGGUCUCAAAACUAUGUCGUGGGUUUGAGCAUGAUGAAUAUUAGCCCCAUAGUUAUUGCUUUUCGAACUUGUUGGCUUUCUUGCACUGACACUGACAGAAUUGUGUUUAGGAUGGACUCCAGAUUGGAAAAUGAUAUACAUGUGUAUGUAUGCGGCCUUAUAAAAACUGCAGCUGAUCCGACUUCUUAAAAAAAUUUCCCAAGACAAUUUUGAAGAUGCUGUACAGAUUUUUCCCAUUUUGUUAACUGCUAUGCAAAUGAACUACAUGUACAUGUAUGCUAGUAUUUCAUAAUAAACAAUUUUGU